CUUUAAAACAGGGAGGGAGAACCAGGAGACAGCAAACCCCGUGGUGUCGAGGCACAACAGGCUUAUCGGGAAUCCUCUGCAGCCAAGUUUCCUUGUGUAGGUGUCUGAAGCAGCUAUGGCAACUGUUCCUGAGCUCAACGGUGAAGUGACAGCAUUCCACAGUGACGAGAAUGACCUGUUUUUUGAGGGUGACGGACCCCAAAAGAUGAAGAGCUGCUUCCAAACCCUUGACCUGGGCUGUCCAGAUGAGAGCAUCCAGCUUCAAAUCUCCCAGCAGCAUUUCAACAAGAGCUUCAGGCAGGUGGUGUCGCUCUUCGUGGCCGUGGAGAAGCUGUGGAACAUACCUGUGGCUUGCCCGUGGACCUUCCAAGAUGAGGACCUGGGAACCUUCUUCCCCUUCAUCUUUGAAGAAGAACACAUCCUCAGUGACUCUUGGGAUGAUGAGCAGUUGGUGUGUGAUGUUGCCAUUCGACAGCUGCACUGCAGGCUCAGAGACGAACAGCAAAAAUGCCUCGUACUGUCUGAUCCAUGUGAGCUGAAAGCUCUCCACCUCAAUGGAGAGAAUAUAAACCAACAAGUGGUUUUCUCCAUGAGCUUUGUACACGGAGAAACAAGCAUCAACAAAAUACCAGUGGCUUUGGGCCUCAAGGGAAAGAAUCUGUACCUGUCCUGUGUGAUGAAAGACGGCAAACCUACCCUGCAGCUGGAGAGCGUGGAUCCCAAACAAUACCCAAAGAAGAAGAUGGAAAAGCGGUUUGUCUUCAACAAGACAGAAAUCAAAUCCAAGGUGGAGUUUGAGUCCGCACAGUUCCCCAACUGGUACAUCAGUACCUCCCAGGCAGAACACAAGCCUGUCUUCCUGGGAAACAACAGUGGUCAGGAUAUAGUGGACUUCACCAUGGAAUCCGUCUCUUCCUAAAGCAUAGGCUGGGCUAGGUCUAAUGUCUUCCCCAGGACAUGUUAAAGCACUCCCGUGUUGCCAGUAAGAAGACAGCCCUGUUCCAGGGGAACCCUUAGUCCUCUGCCAACAGGUCUCUCUUACCUCUUUUACACUUUCAGAACCACCAGAAACCAUGGCACAUUCUGUUCAAAGAAAGCCUGUCUUUUUCUCCUGGCCUCUGAUGAGCAACCACUUAUCUAUUUAUUUAUGUAUUUAUUGAUUGGUUGGUCUAUUUAAGUAAAUUCACGGGGCACAUAAGACAGCAAUGCCUACAAAAGAACCUAGCUUUCAAUGUUUAUGGAAUAAAUUUAAUUUGGACCAGUGCAUAGGCUGCAAUGAGUUCUUUCAUUGAAGCUGAGAAUAAAUAGGCUCCUACUGUGUAGAUGAGAAGAUUUAUGAAUGAAGCAUUAGCACAUUGUUUUGAUGAGAAUGAAAUAAAUUUCACUAAAAC